AUGGAUACUCAGGAUAGCCAUCAGGAAGAACAAACUCAGAAUUCAGAAACUGUUAAUGGUGGUACUGUUAGCGAAGGAGGUUUGAAAGAUCUGGGCAAAGGCAAUGAAGACAAAAAAAUAUUCGUUGGUGGAAUAGCCUACGACGUUACAAAUGAAGACUUAUCGCAAUAUUUCUCGCAGUAUGGUGAGGUAGCACAGGCUCAGGUGAAAUAUGAUCGAAAUACGGGUCGUUCUCGUGGCUUUGCAUUUGUAGAAUUCACAACCGGUGAGGCUUGUAGAGCUGCACUCAAUGCAAGAGAACAAUCGCUCAAGGGAAAGACCGUUGAAGUUAAGCCAGCAAAAUCUCGAGAGAAUAAGAAAGUGUUUGUCGGUGGUUUGCCUGCUGACCAUCCAGAAGAAGAACUGCGUGCUCACUUCGAACAGUAUGGAAAAGUGGAAGAUAUUGAAUGGCCUUUCGAUAAGCAAACAAAAGCUCGACGAAAUUUCGCAUUUAUUGUGUUUGAAGAAGAGGAAGCGGCUGAACGGGCAUCGGCUACACCAAAACAGAUGUUUGGAUCACGCGAGUGCGAUGUCAAGAAAGCUGUUCCUCAAGGUAAGCGUUUCCCGGGUGGUCGAGGUGGUGCUGCAAUGCGAGCUGGAUAUGGAGCUGGUCGAGCAGGUGUUAUGAAUGGUUGGUUUGGACAAGCUGGAUGGGGUCAGAUGGGAGCGUUUGGUGCAUAUGGCGGGGGUACUGGAACUGCAGGUGGCUGGGGUGACUGGUAUGGUAAUGCUGCUGCCGCUGGAUAUUAUCAACAGGGACAGGCCGGUGGCUAUUAUGGUGCCGGCGGUUAUGAUGCUUAUUCCCAAGGAAUGACCCAACGUGGGGCAAGUCAGCAGCGCUAUCCACAACAACAACAAUACUGA